AUGAUUUGUGAUGUGGUCUACGAACCGCACGGGCUUCGCCUCUGUUAUCCGAGGGAUGCAGUCACCGUCUUUUUUGGUGUCAGCUGUUUCCUGUUUUGCUGCUUAUGCCAAUUUACAUUUGUCGAGGUGCCUGAAGUGCUCUUCCUUAAGUCGUCUCCGUUCUAUGCCGAGGUGCCUGUCCACAUUUUUCAGGACUCGCCUUGCCUUCCAGAUGGAAUUAAAGUAGGCCCUUGUGAUGAACCAUAUUCAACUCUUCUCUUAUAG